UGCCAUGUCGUCAGCAAAGUAUCCUACACCUUCUACGGAUACCCCGACAACGACCCUCCGGGAGCAGAUAUCUCGGAAGACUGUGGCCGCGGCAUGUCUGCUGGUGGCAUCGGCACCCACGAAAACCCACUCACCUUCGCUACGGCUCCAGGCGAGUUCGACAGAUGCGAGAUCGUCUACUCGCCGUACCUGCAAAAGUAUAUAAUCAACGAAGACUAUUGCGAACAGUGCAAUAGAGAUUGGACGAGCCACAUCUGGCAUGUCGAUGUGUGGCUGGGAGGAAACUCGACGACCUACGACAAAGAGCAGCUGAAGUGCGAGAACAGUUUGACCUCGGAAGAGGAAAGUCAGGUUGUGAUUAAGAAUCCGAGCAAAAACCUUCCUGUUGAUCUUACGUCGUUUUAUUUGGGGGGCAACUCGGCUUGCAGCCACGACCAUAUUUAUCUGGACUAUGAGACGAAGGAUUAUUGUUGA